AUGCUCCCUACACCGUCUACAUCCCACGUCUCAUUUGACACCAUCUACGAACCCUCUGAAGACUCCUACCUCUUCCUCGACACACUCUCUUCAGCAUCCGAAUCAACCUGGCUCUCAAACCGAUUUAGCACCUCAUCUCAAGACUCUACCUCGCCCCUCGUCGUCGAAGUCGGAACCGGCUCCGGCGUCGUCCUGGGCUUUGUCGCAGCCAACUCGCAAGAGAUCUUUGGCAGACGGGAUAUUCUCGCCCUGGGGACAGACGUGAACCGUAAUGCCUGUCUAGCGACUCGGGAGACGGCCAAAAAGGCAAUUCAAGAACGACAGUAUGAUGAAAAUGACUCUUCAUCGGCGACAUCGCCCGAGAAAACGGUGUAUACUGCCUCUCUGAUGGCGGAUUUAUGCACCCCGCUUCGGCCUGGCAGUGUCGAUGUCCUCAUGUUUAACCCCCCAUAUGUUCCCUCGGAAGAGUUACCGCGUUUACCCUCAUCUGAGGAGCAAGAGGCUGCUCCGUCGGCGGCCAUGUCGAGGUCUGCCAAGUUCGAGAGUGACUCGUAUUUUCUGUCGUUGACGUAUGCCGGUGGGGUGGAUGGGAUGGAGACGACGGAUCGGCUGUUAGAGGCUAUUCCGGAGAUCUUGCAUCCUGUUCGUGGUGUGGCGUAUGUGCUUCUCUGUGCGCAGAACCGGCCAGAACAGGUCAAGGAGAGGAUUCGUGGAUGGGGAGGUGGAUGGAUGGCCGAGACGGUUGGGAAUAGUGGGAAGCAGGCUGGAUGGGAGAAGUUGGUGAUUAUCCGGAUAUGGAGGGAUAUUUAA